AUGUCUUCCAGAGAGACAACGAGAUAUACACUUGUUGGAACUCCCUUCUCCACGUUUACUCGUACCAUUGCUUUAACUCUGCUAUACAAAUCCCUAGAUUUCACUCAGAUCAAAGUAUAUCCCCAUUCUGAAGAGGCAAAAACUGCGCAUCCAUUUGGGAUUAUACCCACGUUGAUUAUCGAGGAAUCGAAGGGAGUGGAUGACGGGAAGGAGGGGUAUGAGGAUAACUCAGUAAAGUUGUGUGAGACUCAGGCGAUCAUUCGCUACAUCGAUCGCAUCAAACCAAAUCCAACACUGCAUUAUGAUGAGUUCUCUCUUGGUAAAGGGAUACUCGAAGAGAAGAUGUGGGAAUACGUGAGCUUCGUAUCAUCAUAUGGAUUCCCAACUAUUGAGCACGGCCUUGUCAAACCCCGCCUAAAACACCUUGAAUCCGGUCUCGCCUCAGAUGCCAUUACACCCCUUCUCGCACACAACAUUCCCCAGUUGCACACCUUCCUAUCCAUAACCGAGACCGUCCUACCUGGGUCCCGUUCUAGCUAUCCAAAAUUCAUGUUUACCGACACACACCCUACCUAUGCAGACUUUUAUCUUUUCCCUAUUUUGGCUGAUUUACGCCCUUUGCCGGAAUGGAUAUCGGGUGUAUUGGAGCAUGAAUAUGGGCAGAGAAUGAAUGACUGGAUGGACUCGAUGGACGGGCUCGAUUGCGUUAAUCGCACGAAAGAAGGUACCUUGAGUGCCGGUGUUGGGAUAUCUUAG